CUGAAACCAUAACAGCGUGUGGCCUUUCGAAUUUUUUUCAAGUUAUAAAGCAUUCACGUUCGUAACAAGAACUUAUUACCGUUUGUAUUUUGAAGAUGGUUUACAACUACACUAAACCUCGUGGUCCGAUCGCCGCAAUGUAUAGCAGCCCAGGACCAUGUUAUGCGCUUCCUAGUUUAGUUGGCUUUCCAAAUCACGACCCUCGUUCAAAUCAUCUCCGUGGAGCUCAGUGGUCUUUCGGAAUUCGACACGAAAAGUUCAACAGCGAAUGUAGCCCAGGACCUUGUUAUUAUCCUGACUCAAAAAUACUACGUGAUGGCAAAGAUGGAACACCACACUACUCACUGUAUAGUCGACAGAAAGAAGCAAUGAUAUUUUCAAAUCCUGGUCCAGGAGCCUACACUCCUGAAAAUAGUGAUCACUUUGUUUUUAAUAAAGCACCGGCGUACUCAUUAAGCUCUAGAAACAAAGAGUUCAGGGUGGACGAUGUUCCAGGUCCAAAUAGAUACAAUAUAGACCCUAUGCUCGGAAAAACAGUAAGAAGUCAAAAACAAUCAGCCCCAGCAUAUUCUUUGUCCAGCAGAACAAAGCUUUUUGGUGCUGCUGAGACACCUGGAGCUGGAGCAUAUAAUAUCACUGAUCUUAAUUUGUACCGCGAUGCUGCUCCCAAAUAUUCUGUGACGGGAAGAAAUCAGCUGCCAACCGACACUACGAGAAAGCCAGGUCCGGGCGCUUACUAUCCCGAAAGAGUUCACAUGAAUUCACAAUCUGCUCCACAGUAUUCAUUUGGAAUUCGUCAUUCUCAAUAUAAGGGUGAAUUCAUAACGGACGCUGAUCUGGAUCAAUAAUUAUGUAUCAAAGACCUGGAAAUGAAGAGAAAGUAUUAGAUUAUAUUACUUCGUGAAAAAAAGAACUGAAACUUAAUAAUGAUAUACGUAAUAAUCUAUAAUUUAUAUGAUACAUGGCUUACAAUUUAACUGCCUGUGAUAUAAAAAAAACACACCAAUUUUCCUAUUUUUAUUUAACAAAACGUACUAUUAUAAUUGGUUAUUUCACAUGAGACUCUUUUAACUUCGAUUAUCUGCUUUUAAUAUUUUUCUACUUGUUCCUUGCAAUCCACUUAAUAGAAAUAAUUUAAUUUAAAAGUUGCUAAUGUCUUUCAUGUAUUGAAGCUGAUUAAAAUAAACAGAAAUAUAGACACAAAAGUGCUC